AUGGAUUUUGUAUACAAACAGGAAGCGGAAGAAGAUUGUUUAAUUAGCUUAGAUUAUAUAUUAGAUAAAUAUGACUUAUAUCGAGAUAAUAUUAUAAACAAUGGUGAGUUAAGAAAUUUACUUGAUAAAUUUAUUUUUCAAUACAACAGUAUUGAUGAGUGUGAGAAAAAAAUAUUAGAACUUUUGAGACAUAAUGAAAAAUAUGGUAUGGAUAAAAUAGAAAAAUAUUAUUUAUUUAUUACAAAUAUAAUUAAAGAAAUAUGUCAUAUUGAAUUAAUACCUAUAAUAUAUAAUAAGAUAUUACAAGAAAAAGAUAAGAAAGAUAAUUCUUUUAUUGUAAAUAGACAAGAAUUUUUAAAAAAUGAAAAUAAAAAAGAAUCUGAAGAAGAUUAUAAAAUAAUAUCUGGAUCUAUAUAUAAAAAAUAUAUAUUAGUAUUAAUAAAAAUAUUAUAUCAUUCAUAUAAAUUAUCUAAUAAUUAUCAAAAGAAUUUAAUAACAUCUAUAUCGUAUAUAUGUAUAUUAAUGUCUAAAUAUGAUACUAAUAAUUUACCUAAUGAAACAAUACCAGAAUUAAUAUAUAGAAUUUUUUGGAAAUAUUUUUCUCAAAAUUUUAAUAUAAUAAAUGAAACAUUUUUUACUCAACAUAAUGAUGAAAUUAUUUUAUCCUCCUCUUGUUCGUCUUCCAUUUCUAGUUUAUCAGAUGAUUAUUCAGAUGUAUCGUCAGGAUUUUUAUCCUCUAGUGAAGGUCAUUUAAGAAAAAAUGAUUUAAAGUCGAUAGCACAAAAAAUGGGAAUUUCUUUAGAUUCUGAAAAGGAUGACAAGGAUGAAAAUAAUUAUGGGGGUUUAUCAAAAGAUGCUGGUGAAAAAAAAGUUAGAAGAAGACGAAGGAGAACUAAAAAGAAUGUGACAGGAGAUACUAAUAUAACAUGUGAUGAUAAUAAAGGAGAUGUAAUUAAUAAGGAGGAAGGAAUGCAACAGAAUAUUGAACAAUUAAAUAACCCUGAAGGUGGGUUACAAGACCAAGGUAAUGUUGUAAAAAAAAGAGGUAAGAGAAGAAAGAGGAGUAUACUAACAGAAGAGAAUAAUAAUAAUAAUCAAGAUAUAAAUGUUAGUAAUAAUAAUAAUAAUCAAAAUAUGAAUAUUAGUAAUAAUGAUGAUAAUCAAAAUAUAAAUAUUAGUAAUAAUAAUAAUAAUCAAGAUAUAAAUGUUAGUAAUAAUGAUGAUAAUCAAAAUAUAAAUAUUAGUAAUAAUAAUAUUGUAUCUGCGUCAAAUAUUAUUGAUAAUGAAAAGAAAAGAAAAGUAAAAAUUGAAUGUGAUAACAAUUUAAAGAAUAAAAAUUGUAGUGUUAACAAUAAUGUUAUAGCUGCAAAAUCAAAUAUUAAUGAAGAAGAUAUAAAAAUAUGUAUGCCUAUUAAAAAUGAAGUAGAGAACGAUAAACAAAUGAAUACUUCUAAUUUGAUAAAUACAGAGAAUAAAAUAAAAAUAGAAGAAAAUGUAGGUACAUUAUUCAAUAAAUUAGAUAUAAAUGAUGAAAAUGUUUUUUUUGUAAAUAUUAUAUUAAAUAUAUAUAUUAAUUUAUUUAAUAUAAAAAAUAUGGAAAUGUUCUUAUUUUAUCAUGAAAAUGAAAUUACAUAUAAAAAAUUUCUAUUAGAUAAUAUUGAAGUUAUAGUAAAUCAAAUAAAAUCUAUGAUGAAUAAGGUAAAAAAUGAUAUGAGUCCAUGUAUAAUACACUUUUUAAAAUUGAUUCUUUUUAUACUCAUAUAUCUUAAUGAUUUAGCUAGAAAAAAUAAAAAAAAAGGUCAAAUGAAUCACAUAAAAAGUAACCCAUAUAAUGAGAUAAGAGGUAGUGAAUGUAUUAACUUAAAAAGUAGUGAUAAGAAUAAUAUAAUAAGGAAUUAUAAAACUAGUAUGACAAGUAACAAUAAUAAUGAUAAUAGUAUGAUAAAUAAUGAUAAUAAUAUAAUAAAUAAUGAUAAUAAUAUAAUAAAUAAUGAUAAUAAUAUAAUAAAUAAUGAUAAUAAUAUGAUAAAUAAUAAUAUAAUUAAUUAUGACAAUUUUAAUAAUAAUAAUAGUAAUGCUAGAAAAAGUUUUUCUGGUAAAACAAAAAAAGACACUUUAAUAAGUGAAAAGAAUGAUUCCUUUUUUCCAGAUACACAAAAAACGGGUUCUAUUGGAAAAUAUAUUUCUAAUUCUAGUAGCGAAAUGUUAAAAAAAAAUAUAUCUGCUGGAAUAAUUCACAAAGAUUUAUCUAAUGUUAGUAGAAGCAAAGAGAAUUUUACAAAUAGUUAUAACUCAAGUGUUGAAAGUAAAAUAAAUAAAAACGUUUCCUAUAGUAAUGAUACAAUAUCUGUUAAUAGUAGUAUAUUUAAUAGUAAUAUUAUAAAUAAUAAUACAUUUAAAAAGAAGGGUAUUUUAUCUAACCAUAGUAAUAGUAGUUAUUUGAACAAUAGUGAUAUAAACAGUAUAUCAUAUAAUAAGAAUAAUAUGUCAUCAUUUGAUAAUAGUAAUAAUUAUAAUGUAAGUUAUGAAUAUAGUAGUAAUAUUGAUAUAUGUUCUAAUAGUAUAAAUGAUAAUAAUAAUAAUAAUAAUAAUAAUAAUAAUAAUAAUAAUAAUAUGGGGGAAGUGAAUUAUAAUAGAGUAAACAAUGAAGGUUCAUUUCAUAAUAUAGAUAAUAACCAUAUAAUAAGUAAUAGUUAUAAUAUUCAUAAUAAUAGUGAUGAUAAUAUGAUAAAUAAUUAUAAUAGUAUUAUGAUGAAAGGGUCUAUGGAUAUAGAUAAUAAGAUAUAUAACUCAAAAAAUAAUAUAAAUAAUAAUUAUAUGAAUAAUAAUGUUAGUACUAUUAAGAAUUAUAAUAAUAUAGCUUAUAAUGAUGUAUCAAAUAAUUCAAGUGUAGGUAAUAAAUAUAAUAGUGAUGAUAAUGAUUUAUAUGUUUUAUAUGAGGAAAAUAAUUAUAUGAAUAAUUUUGACUAUGUAAAAAAUAUAAUUGAGAAAAAGAGAAAAGGGGUAUAUUAUGUAAUAGUUGAGACUAUUAAUAAUUUAUAUAAUAAAGCCUUUUUAGAAAUAUUAGAUAAUUUAUUAAAAUGUGUUGAGAUUUCAUUUAAUGAUGAAAAUAUUGUAAUAGUAAAUAAAAUAUUUUCUUAUAUGUUAGAAAAUAUAAAUUAUUGUAACGAAAUAAAUAAAUACAAAAUAUAUAUGUUCAUAUUAAGUAAGAUUGAUAAAUUUAUUAAAAUAAAACGUUAUAAUGAAGAUAAGAAUUCUACAUUAAAUAAUUAUAAUUGUUAUUUUUUAUUACACCUUAUACUUAAUAUAUUUAAAACAUCAAAGAAAGAAAGAAAUAUUUGGUCUUUAUUAUUUGAAGUACAUUUAAGUAAAACUAAGAGAAAAAAAUCAACAAAGAGAAAUAACUCAGGUAUUAAUAUGUUAAAAAUGAAUAUAAAUAAUAAUAUGAUGAUAAACAAACAAGUUAUUGGUAAUAAUAAUAUGUUUAUAAAUACUAAUGAUAUGGACACAAAAAGUAAUAACACAUCUUAUAAUAAUAGUAGUAGUGUGAUAAAUAAAGAUUUAAGAGAUAAUGUUUCAAAUAUGAAUACUUUAAAAAAUAAUAAGAAUCAAAAUGAAAAUAAUAAUAUGCAUUUAUCUUCAUUUAUAAAAAAUAAUAAUAAAAAAUUGAAAAUUUUAAAAAGUGAAGAUAUAACUACUUAUAAUAAAAAAAAAAUACAAGAUAUAGAUACGAAUUUAUAUGAUGGAAAAAAUUUUAUAUUAAAUAAUAUUAUAAAUUUUUUAUUAGAAUGUUGUAUAAGUAAUGGUUGUAUUAUUAGAUAUAUGAGUUUACGAGUUUUUUAUAAAAUGACUAAGUUAUUUAUUUUAUAUAUAAAAAAUAAGAAAUUAGAAUAUGAAGAAUUAAUAUUAAAAAAUUAUUUAAUAAAAUCUGUUUAUCAGAAUUUUUUUGUGUGUAUAUUUAAUUUUUUAAAAGAGCCAGAUACUAAUAUAUAUGUGUAUAUUAAAUUACGAAAUUUAUGUAUCAAUUUGUUAUAUAUAUGUAGUAAAUUAAUGUCAUCAAAUUUUCUGAAUGAUUUUUAUGAAAGGGUACUAUGUUUUAAUUUGUAUUCGGUUGAUAGAUUUUAUAAAGCAGUAGAAGAAAACACAACAAACAGUAAUAAUAAUAAUAAUAAUAAUAAUAUUAACAUUAGUAAUAUGAAUAUUUGUAAUAAUAGUAGUAAUUUUUUGGAAAAAAAAAUGGAAAAAGAUAAUCAAGGAGAUAUAGAUAAAGAAGAUAAUAAAAAUAUGGAAGAAAAUAUUCAAUGUGAUAAUCAUAAUCAUAAUCAUUUGAAAAGUUCUUAUUCUUUAUUCAUAAAGAAUUCAAAAGAUCUGUAUUUAUUUACAUUAAUGAUAAUAUAUAAAAAAUAUCGUUGUAUUGAAAAUUUUAAAAUAUUGAAAAAGAUUCUUAAAUUAUCAACUGAAGAGAUUAAUAUAAUAAUGAAGAAUUUAAUAAUUUCUCCUCAACAUAAUAAUAGUAACAAUAAUAAUAAUAAUAAUAAUAAUAAUAAUAAUAAUAAUAAUAACAAUAAUAGUAACAAUAAUAAUAAUAAUUGUAAUAAAGAUGGGUGUGUUGUUCGAACUAGAAGAAAAGAAAUUAAUAAGGUUGAUAAGUUAUAUAUAAAGAAUAUAAAUAUUGAUGAUUUCAUUCCUAAGGAAUAUUAUAUAAAAUUAAAAAAUAAAGGAGAUGAUAAAAAUAAAGAAAAAAAUGAUUUAAAAGAAAUAGUAUAUAAGAAAUUAUAUUUUAUAAAUAUUUUUUUUUUUAGAGAAUUAAAAACACAUGAUUGUUAUGAUAAUACAUUUGUAUAUUAUAUAUAUAAUUGUAUUUAUUGUUUUUUCCAUAUAUAUAUAAAUAGAUUUGCUUUCUUUAUUAUAUUUAUAAAAACAGAACAUAUGAAUCUUCAUGAUUAUAUAUAUUCAGAUAUAUGUAAUAAUAAAGAAACACAUAAUGAUACAUCAUCUGAUGAUUUUAAAAAUGUUCAAGAAUUUAUUUCUCAAAUGUUAGCAUUAUUAAAAAGUUAUCUCCAUGUUGUUAUAUUAAUUGAAGAUCAUAUAAUUAAAGUUAAUUUAGAAAAUCUGUUAAAAAAAAAAAAAAUAUUAAGAGGAAGAAAUAGAGGUAAGGAUGAACGAGAGAAUGAAGAUAAUAAAAUAUAUCAAGAAGAUGGAAAGAUAUUUCAAUUUAAUAUAAAUAUAAAUACAAAUGAUAAUAAAAAUAAAGGAUUUGAUGAAAGUAAUAAAUUAUGUGAUGAGGAAGAUGAAGAAAUUGAAUUAAAAAAUUUAAGAAACUUUAAAAAAUUAAUAAUUAUAGAAAUACAAAGAUUUUAUUUACUAUUUGUUAAGUUGUUAAAAAUGUUAUUAUUAUUGAAUAGACAAAAUGGAUAUAGUAUAACAUGUUUUGAAUAUUUUUUUUUCAAAUUAAUGAAAUUAAUAGAUAAUGAUCUUAUAGAUAUAUAUACUAAAAGAUAUAUAUUUAAAUUUUUGAAAUAUUUUACAAUUAAAAAAAAAUUCACAGAUAUUGUUAUUACAAAAAUUAACUUUUUAUAUUCUAAAUUAAAAGAUAAAAAGAAAAAAAUAAGUCAUAUGUUAAUAACAAAAGAAAUUAAAAAUAAUCAUUUACUUUAUUCAUAUCUAAACAAAUGGAUAGAAGAGAAAUGUAUAGAUGAUGAUUUAUUGAAAUAUAAUGAUGAAUUGUAUUCCAUGUCUAAGUGUGAGCUAAUUAAAAAAGAGAGAGAAAUUGAUGAAGAAGAUGUUGAAAAAAACUUAAAAGAUGGUAUGACACAAAAUAUAAAUGAUAUAAAUGACAAUGGUAAGGUCAAAAGAAGAAGAAGAAGAAGACGAUCUUCUGUGGAUGGAAUAACAAACAGAACAUCUAUAGAUGAUAAUGUUCAUAUGAAUGAAAUGAAAUUAGAAUUAAAAGAAGACAAUGUAGAAAAGACGAAUAAUCAAAUAUGUAAUAAUGAAAAGGAAAAAGAUAAUAAUGGAUAUAUACAAUUAAAUGAAAAAGAAAUAAAUAAUAAUCUUAUAAAUGAAAAUAUAAAAAAAGAUGUAGUAACAUCCAAUUUAGAAAAUUUUAAUAUGAAUAAUAAUAUAAACGAUCAAACAACUUACGAUCAAAAUAAUCAUAAUAAUAAUGAAAGUGUUAUAAUGAAUAAGGAUGAACAAAAAGAAAUCAAUCAAAUCAAUAUUAAUAAUAAUGACAAAAAAUUAGAUGUAGAACCAAAGAAUGUAUCCAGACGUGGAAAAUAUGAGAGGAGAAAAAGUUCCAAAUUUUUAUUAAAUGAUGAAAAUCAAAAUAUUCAAGAUGAUAACAAUACUAUUAAUAAGAGAAGGAGAAGAACUCGAAAAAGUAAAUUAACUGAUAAAUCUGGAGAAAAUAAUCCAUUGAAUGAAUCAAUUAAAAAAGAUGCAAAUACAAAUAAUAAUAACGAUAUUUUAGAAGAAGAAGAUAAAAAAUGUACUUUGUCUGUAUACGAGAAAAAAGAUACGAAUGAUAUAAUGUGGUUAGAUUCAUAUCUUAAUUUUUAUGUAUAUACAAAUAAGAAUAAAAUAAAUAAUCAUGAUAAUAACAACGACAAUUAUUGUAAUGAUGGAUUUAAUACGAUCGAAUUAUUAAACGAGAAUAAGAAUCAUUAUAUAUCAAAUAUAGGUUUGUGUUGCGAAAAGGUUAUAAAAGAAUUCAGCAAAUUUAAUUUUAAUAAAAAAUACAAUUUAGAAACAUUUAAAGAAUUAAAAUUAGAAAAACGAUUUUAUGAAAAUAUAGAAUUAUAUUUAUUAAGUAUUUUUGUAUUUGAAAAAAAUAAAAAUAUAUGUGAUAUAUAUUCAUUUAAAGACAAUUAUAAACAUAUAAAAGAUUUAAUAGAAUAUUGUAAAAUGUGUAAUAUAGAAAAAGGGCUAGAAAUAAUUGUAAAAUGUUUAUUUACAUAUUUAAGAGAAAUUAAAUUAGAUAAAAAAAGUUAUGUAUAUAAUAUGAUCAAAUUAUUAACACAUUCAUUUUUAUAUAUACCUUUUAGAAGAUAUACAGCAACUCCUUUUAUAUUUAUAUCUUUUUGUUCUUUAUUUAGAAAUUCAAGUAGUACCUUUAUGAAUAAAAUAAUUAUUCAUAAUUUUCUUACAAUAUGUUAUUCAUAUAUUAUGCUUAUAAAAAAACAGCAAGUCGAUUUAAAACGUCAAUUUUUGAUCAAUAAAAAAAAAAAAAGAAAUGAAAAAAGAAACAGUGUAAAUAAUAACCCUGAAUUAGAAAAAACAAAUUUGUUGGAUGAAAAUAUAAAUAUAAAAAUACAAGCUAAUGAAACAAAAACGAACAAGGAAGUUGAAAAUAAUAAUAAUAUGACUGAUAUAAAAUUUGAAAACAAUUAUUUUAGUAGUUACAAAGGGGAAGAAAAAGUUAAUAACGAUAAGAAGAAAAAGAGAAAUACUAUUAAUGUAAUAACAGAAGAUGUAAUUAAAGAAGUGACAGACUGUAUGAAUAAUGAUAAUUUGAUAGAAGAUAAGAAAUUGUUGAAGGGUAAAAAAAGAAUUAGUACUGCAACAGAAGGUACACAAAUUGUUAGAAGAAGAAGGAGAAGAAGAAGUAAUAGUAGUACUAAAGAAAUAGAUAUAGAUAUGAAUAAUAAUAUAAUAAAGGGUUUUAAAGCAUUACAAAAUGAAGAAAAUGAUUUGAAUUCUACAAAUAAUAAUAUUCAAAAGGAUAAUAUUACUAAUUUAUUAAAUAAUAAAAUGGAAACAUAUAAUAUACAAAUUGAAAAUGGAAUAGGAAUAUAUAAAAAAAAUAAUAAAAAAUAUUUAGAAGAUAAUUUAUUUUUACAUUUAAUUAACUUUUAUAUAAAUUUCUCUUGUUCUGUUUAUUUUCAUUAUUUAACUCACUAUGAAAAAAAUUAUGAUAUAUUGAAGAAUAUUAUCUUUUUAGGUUUAAAUAAAUUGUUGGAAAAGAGAGAGAAUAAGAAGCUCUCUUGUUUUGUUUUGUCCUUAAUAUAUAUUUUAGUGUGUUUAUUAUUAAAGGUAAAAAUAAAAGAAGAGUAUAUAUUAACAUUAAAUAAACAUAAAAGUAAUAGAUGUAGUAUGAAGAAGAAAGAAAGACAUGAAGAUAAUAAUUUAUUUGUAACAAAUAGUAUUGCUAAAUUUAAUAUACGUAGUGAUAAUAUACAACCAUCAACGGUAUCAAUAAAUUGUCUUAAUAAUGAUAAUAUGGAAAAUCAGAAAAAUGAUAAUAAUAAUAAUAAUAAUAAUAAUAAUAUCAAUAAUAUCAAUAAUAUCAAUAAUAUCAAUAAUAAUAAUAAUAGUUGUAACAAUAUGAAUAUUAAUAGUUGUAAUAAUUAUCAUUCAAAUAAUGAUGUAAGAAAAUUUUUUGUUAAAUACCUUAUUAAUCUUAUUGACGAAAAUGAAUGUAAAAAUAUUUAUCUUAUCAAUGAUAAGAAAUAUUAUAAAGAUAUAAAUAAAAUAAUACAUAUAAAAAGUGAAGAUACCUUAAAUUAUUUUAAAAGUUAUUUUCCGAAUAAAUUAUAUAAAAACAAAAUGGAUAAAUAUAUAGAGAAGAUAUUUGUUUUAAAUAAAAAAAAGAAAUUAUUUUAUAUGUCAUCAUUUAAUUUAAAAAAGAAUAUAAGAAAGAUUAAUUAUUAUAAUAGUAUAUAUUGUAAUAAAUUUUUAUUUAAUCUUUUUUCAGAACCAAUAUUAUUUGAAAAAGAUAAUAAAUUAUUAAUUAAUACAAAUUUCAAAAGAAAUAUGAAUCAUGAUAAGAAUAUGAUGAGAUAUAAUUUAUUAGAUUAUAUUAUAUAUACAUGUUUUUAUAUAAUUUUUUGUAAAAUAAAAUUAAUUAAAUUAAUGAAAAUAGUAUAUAAAAUUAAUAAAAAUGAUUGUGAAUAUGUACCUAUGAAUACAUAUAUAUAUAAUAAGAAAAAAUAUAGUAUAUGGCAAUUUUAUUUAAGUAUAGAAAUAUUACAUUUAAUUUUUUCAAAUAUUAAAUAUGUUCCAUUUAAUUCUAUCAAAUUAAUAUUAGAUAUAUUUUUAAAUAAAAUAUAUAUAUCUAUAUGUACACACGAUAUAAAAGAAAAAAAAAAUUUAAAUAAAUUACAAAAUAUAUUUUAUGAUUUUUUCUGUCAAACAUUUUAUACAUAUCCAGAAACAUUUACACACUUACCACAUUUUAUUUAUCAGUAUCAAAAAACAUUACAUCUAUUAAAUUUAUUAUCAAACUCAGUGGUAUGUAAAAAAAAAAAACAAACACCAUCUUACUAUUCUUUAAUUCUAGAAAUUAUGAAAAACUGUUUCCCAAAAAUUGAUUCAGAUGAUCUUAAUGAAGAAAAUGGAAAAAAAAAAUUAGAGGAGAAACAAGGAAUAGAAAAGUCACAAAGAAUGUUGAGAAGUAACAAGGCAAAUAAAACAUAA